AUGUCUACUAAACAUAAUCACGCUCUCGAUGAGGAGCUCAAGUUGUACACGAACAACAAAGAACGAGAAAAAUAUGAAAAUUUAGCGGACGUGUAUGCUAUAAUCGUGACCAUGGAACAUUUAGAGAAGGCUUAUGUUAGGGAUUCCGUAAACGCGGCUGAGUUGACUCAAUAUAAAACUGCGAUGAAUUUAGUAAAUGAUUUAAUACCCGAUGUAGAAAAGUUUAUGAAAGAAUAUAAGUUAGAAUGUCCAGCAGCAGUAAAUAGAUUCAAAAUAGGAGUUCCAGCGACUAAAGAACAUUCAAUUGAUAAUGAUCCAAGUACAUCUGCAAAACAUGUUGCCGAAACUGUUUCUGUAUCUGUGGAUGAAAUACAUCCUAUGCUAAGUGAUUUAAUGCAAAGUUUAAAUAAUGUGAACACUUUGCCUGCAGAAUUUGAAGCUAAAAUGAGGAACUGGUUAAUCACUUUAAAUGCUAUGAAAGCGAGCGAUGAAAUCGAUGAAAGUCAAGUGCGACAAUUAUUGUUUGAUUUAGAAAAUGCGCACAAUGCAUUUUAUCGUUCUUUAUCGGACAAAAAUUAA